AUGUACAUAAUGCAUGACAUUAAUGACUAUUGUCUGCCUGAUACAGAUGUUGUUGCAGCGCCAAGAAGCAAGUCAAGUUGUGACUUCCGCAGUGAACGCAUGGACAUAUGCGCCAUGGAAGGCGAUGUUCGUAUGCACGGCAAAGCAGCCACUGUGUACGUGGUCUCAGCUUCCGACGACAGCUACCGCCCAGAGAGUGGGACGGUGAUGAUCCACCCGUACACGCGCAAGUGGGAGGCACAAACAAUGCAGAUUAUCCGGGAGGUGACCAUCCGAUGGAGCGACCCACCGGCACCAGAUCCGCCACAGUGCACGGUGACGCACGACGUCCCCGCGGUGGUCUUCUCCACCGGCGGCUAUCUCACAAACUUCUUUCACGCCAUGACCGACGGCGUCAUCCCUCUUUUCAACACUGCACGGGAGUACAACGGCCGCGUCCAUCUCGUGGCCACUGACUACGACCCCAAGUGGAUUGCCAAGUUCCAAGGCAUCCUCUCCGCGCUCUCCGUCUACCCGGUCAUCGACUUCGAUGCCGACGAUGAGGUGCGUUGCUUUCCGGCGGUACACGUCGGCACCGAGAGCCAUAAGGAGCUGGGAAUCAUCCCUGCUCUCUCCCGCAAAGGCUACACAAUGACGGACUUCCGAGAGUUUCUUCGAUCGGCCUACUCGUUGAAGCGUGAGUGGUCGACUCCCGUAAACCGGGCCUCGGGUGAGAGGCCUCGUCUAGUCAUGGUGUUGCGGCGCAGGUCGAGGGAGCUCGCGAACGAGGCAGAGGCCAUUGCAACCGCCACGGAUAUCGGCUUUGAGGUGGUGCCCGCGGGGCCAGAGGUCGUGAGCGACAUGGCCCAGUUUGCAGAGGUGGUGAACUCGUGCGAUGUGAUAAUGGGCGUGCACGGCGCAGGGCUCACCAACCUGGUGUUCCUCCCGCGCAACGGCACCGUGAUGCAGAUCGUCCCGUGGGGCGACAUGAGGUGGGCGUCAUUUAGUGCCUUUGGCGCCCCAACGGCCGACAUGGGGCUCCGGUACGUCGAGUACGAGGCGACCGCCGAGGAGACGACGCUCAAGUACGUAUACCCAAGGGACCACGCCGUCUUCACCGACCCCCGCUCCAUACAAAAGCAGGGGUUCGGUGUGGCUUGGGGGACCUUCUUCAACGGCCAGAACGUCACCCUCGACAUCAACCGCUUCAGAGGGGUCUUGCAGCAAAUCUACCAUGAUAGUGUGUUGGCCGAUCCUUCAUUUGAUCCGCCUCCGGUCGUGGAAGCACUGCCUUCUCCAGCAUCAAGCGACGACGAUGCGAACAGAGAUGCCGAAAACGAAAAGCGACUCCAAGCCAUCAACGGGGGAGUAGAUGGUUCUUUGAUAAAAUCAGGUACGUACAAAGUAUAG